UUGAGCAAAUUGCAAAUUGAACUUCAGUAAACAAAACAAACAACCUCUUUCUAUCGUCUUUAUUUUCACAACGUCAAUUUCAACGAUGAAGCGCAAACUUGAUGCCAAUGAUGUUCCUGUACCAACAGAAGAAUCAGAGACUUCAAAUGGCAAAGCUACUUUCGCUAGCCUAGGAUUGGAUGCGCGUUUGCUUCAAGGAAUCGCGAAGCAGAACUUUCAAUCACCAACGCUGGUACAGAGCAAAGCAAUCCCGCUCACAUUGGAAGGACGCGACAUACUGGCUAGAGCUAAGACUGGAUCUGGAAAGACUGCCGCGUACUUACUACCAAUUCUUCAUUCGAUAUUGAAGCGAAAGGAGGUGAGCUGGAAAGGCCUCAUAAGAAGGAGUCAAACUGACAGUUGUAGCUUUCCCCCGCCCAAUGCACAUCCGCCCUCAUUCUUGUACCUACCAGAGAACUCGCAGAUCAAGUCUACAAAACAGUUGAAUCUUUUACGGCAUUCUGCGCGAAAGAUGUCCGAGCAGUCAACCUGACACAGCGAGUUUCCGAUGCAGUUCAGCGAUCACUUCUCGCAGAUUCCCCAGAUAUCGUUAUUGCGACACCGGCCAGAGCUUCUCUGAAUGCCAACACCUCAGCGCUCUCACUCACAAAUCUUACACACAUAGUGAUUGAUGAGGCCGAUUUAGUAUUAUCCUAUGGUUAUGAUGAGGAUUUGCAAAAUGUUGCCAAAAUCAUGCCCAAGGGAGUCCAGACUGUUUUGAUGAGUGCCACGUUGACAAGUGAGGUCGAAACUUUGAAAGGACUUUUUUGUAGGAACCCAGAGGUAUUGAAAUUAGAAGAAGCAGAGGAUGAAGGAAAGGGUGUUAGUCAAUUCGUUGUGAAGUAAGUUUAUGCGGACUUUUUGUGCUAUCCAUGUUAACAGGUAACAGAUGCGCCGAAGACGAGAAGUUCCUCCUGGUAUACGUUAUAUUCAAAUUGAAACUUAUAAAAGGCAAAUGCAUCAUAUUUGUUGGCGACAUUGACAGGUGUUAUCGAUUAAAAUUAUUUUUGGAGCAAUUCGGAACAAGGAGCUGUAUCCUCAACUCGCAAUUACCUGUCAACUCACGUAUCCACGUCGUCGAAGAAUUCAACAAGAACGUUUAUGAUAUUAUCAUUGCUUCGGAUGAGCAUGAAGUUUUGGGAGACGAGGAUGAGCCCAAACCCGAGGAAACUGAAGAGGUUGAGGCGGAUGACGCUGGUGGAGAGAAAGAAGAUGCCAAGGAUGUGAAGAAGGAAAGCAAGCAACCAUCGAAGAAGAAGCAAAAGACUGGAAAGAAAGACAAAGAGUACGGAGUAUCGCGAGGAAUUGAUUUCAAGAAUGUUGCCUGCGUACUUAACUUUGAUCUCCCAACAUCAUCCAAGUCAUACACCCACAGAAUUGGCCGAACUGCCCGAGCAGGCCAGACUGGUAUGGCACUAUCCUUCGUCAUACCAUCUGAACUAUACCGAAAGCACAAACCGACCAGCAUCGAAUCAGCGAAAGACGACGAGAAAGUACUAGCGAAGAUUAUUAAGCACCAAGCAAAGAAGGGCAAGGAAGUUAAACCAUAUAAUUUUGAUAUGAAGCAAGUGGAUGCUUUUCGGUACAGAAUGGGCGAUGCGCUACGAGCUGUUACUAGUAUCGCGGUGCAGGAGGCCAAGACUCGGGAGAUCAGACAGGAACUGAUGAAGAGCGAGAAGCUUAAACGCCAUUUUGAAGAGAACCCAGGUGAUUUAUACCAUCUUCGUCACGAUGGUGAACUACGACCUGCUCGCGUACAAGCACAUUUGAAACAUGUGCCAGAUUAUCUCCUCCCGAAAGAAGGCAAGAAAGGAAUAACAGGUGGAGAUAUUGGAUUCGUAGGAAUGCACAAAACGACGGAAAAUAGAAUUAGGAAGGCUAGGGCGGCGAACAAGGCGAAGGGACGUGGGAAGGGAAGGAAACCAGAUCCAUUGAAAACUUUCAAGGCGAAGUCGAAAAAAUAAUUAGCUAGUACUGUAUUGAAUAAGGUACCAUUUUGUCAGGCUCACGGUAAAGAUGUUGUGAUGCGAGUUUGUUUUCAAGGCAGCAACCGGUGUUUGUGACGCAGGAGCCAUUUGCUCUGAUUGAGGGAAGACCUUCAAGCAUGAUGCAACUCUCAUGAUACAUGGAACUAAAGGUGCGCGGAGUUCGAACUACGCAGAACUCAAAAAUGAUAUUCAUUAGGAUAUUUUAUUUCCA